AUCUCCUUGAAUAUCAACAAUGUCGAAAAUUACUACCAAAGUGGCAAUCAUUGGAGCAGGUGUGUCUGGGUUGAAAGCCGCUGAGGUUCUUCUCAACGAACCACAUUCACCAUUUCAACCAGAUGAUAUAGUCAUUGUCGAAGCCCAAGAUAGAAUUGGUGGAAGAAUUAAAACCGAUACUACAAAAUCCAAACUCGGUAUUUCCUAUGAUUUAGGAGCUGCUUGGUUCCACGACACUUUAACCAAUCAAGUGUUGAAAGAUGCAGUCGCCAACAACUACUUUGACGUAAAGAACGAUACUUAUUAUGACGAUAAGGAUAUCCAGAUUUACGAUCGUAAUGGGUUGAUUGAUGUUUCUGGCCUUAAAAUCAAUCGAGUUGUUGAAGAUCUUGAAAAAUAUAUUGAGUUGCACUAUCAUGAAGAGUUGGACACAGAAGACAUAUCCUUACAAGACAUUGUCAAGCAGUUUGUCCAACAGUAUGAAUUCAUGUUGACUCCUGAACAGAUCGAUUAUUCCACAAGAAUAAUGAGAUAUUUGGAAUUGUGGUAUGGGAUAAGUUGGGAUAAGAUCAGUGGAAAGUAUUCCAUUAUGGAUCAUCAAGGGAGAAACUUGUUAAAUAAACGGGGUUAUUACUUUAUCAUUGAAAACUUGCUCAAACUAGUAAAGGAUAUAAGAAUAUUGACCAAGCAGCCAAUUGUUAAAAUCGACAGAAAUAACAAAGAGACUUCCAAACCAAUUUGUAUUGAAUCAAGUACUGGCUUGAAGAUUUAUAGUGAUUACUUACUUGUCACUGUCCCACAAAGUAUAUUGCAAUUACCUGCUGCCCAUCCAUAUGGACUUACCUGGAAUCCACCAUUACCAAAGAGCAUUCAAGAUGCGCUUUCGACAAUCCACUUUGGGGCAUUGGGUAAAGUAAUUUUUGAGUUUGAUGAUGUGUGGUGGGAUGAAUCACAAGAUCGAUUUGAAAUUUUAGCUGAUGACAACCAAGUCAACUUGUCCGCGACUAUAACUUCACCUCCUAAGCCAUUCACUUAUCCUGCUUAUAUUAUCAACUUUGCAUCGGUUCAUAACAAGCCAAGUUUAGUCAUACUUACCCAGUCUCCUCUCACCGACUACUUGGAAAAGAAUCCCGAGCAAGCCUGGAAUUAUUACAAGCCCAUGUUGGCCACCCUCGCUCACAAGGGCAAGAUUCCAACUGAGCCAAUAAAUGUGAUUACUACAGACUGGACACAGAAUCCUUAUAUCAGAGGUGCAUAUGCUGCUGUUGAAACUGGAGAUGAUCCAUCAGAGUUGAUUAUUCAAUUGAGCGGAGAAUUUGAUGGAUGUGGGUUGUCUAGCAGUCAUAUUAGAUUUGCUGGAGAACACACGAUUAUGGAUGGAGCUGGCUGUGUUCAUGGUGCUUACAACAGUGGUAUUAGAGAAGCGAAAUGGAUAUUACAAGAUGUUAAACCGAGGCCUAGAUUAUAGUUAGUUUAUAGAACUAAGUCAUAUAUUCACUGUUAUAUUUGUAUAGAUGAAAAGUGUUUUCGCAAUCAUCAGGGGCAAGAAGACAU